AUGUCAACCAACAACAACAACCGCUAUGACCUGCGCCGUCGCGGCAACGAGCCCGGUGCUCAGCCUGGGCCCGACACCACUGCCGCGUCCUCUAUACCCGGACCUUGCGACUCUGCCGUGACGCCCUCAGCCAACGGGUCUGACAGCUCUGCUGUCUCAUCCCUGACGCCUCUGCCCGACGACUCUGUUGCCGCGGCUAAUACCCCUGCUAGCCCCUCUUCGGAGGAGGCCAGCCCCAAGCCCUCCGGUGCCUCAUCUCCACGUCUGCUCUAUAGCGACGUCUUAAACCAUGGUACCCAUGUGUCUCCGUUAGCUAGCCCUUAUAUGGGUAAUAGAAGUGUUGAUAGUCACUCACCUGAUGCGGAAGCGCUGUCUGCGUACAUCAGAAACAUGAGUGUGGGUGAUGAAACCGAGCCGAAAGGCUCUAAGAGAAUGAGCCGCAACGAAGAGGAACCCAUAAUGGAGGACGCUACAUCCCUUCUCGAGAGAAUGAGUGACUCAGACCUUAAGCACCUCGCCAAUUCGCAUAAGAACUUCCUGGCGAAAAUAGAAAUGAGCCUUCAAAGGAGAAUUAAGGCAAGGACAAGCAUCCUUACCGACGAGAGUGAAUCGGCCUCCGAAAGGGAGAACGUAAUGCCUGCUGCACCAAGUGUGUAA